GGACAGUUCGUAGUGUACCUCCUGCAAGAUGUCAUCAACAUCAUCUACGGCAACACCCUCCCUAAAGUAUUCUGUUACCCCGCCUACGCCUACACGGUGUCCAUCCUGAUCCUCUUCGUCCGGUUCUACCUGCGAGCCUACACCAAGAACCCAGCGAAACAAACCCACAAAGCUGAAAAUGGCAGCUACAAGAAUGGAGCGAUCACCAUUAACGGAGAAAGUACCAAACAUGAUUAG